GGGAUGGUCACACCCACACACAUUCCUUUUCUUGUAGAUUGCAGGAAGACCGAGCCAUCAUUCUUUUUUGUGAACGGACGUUUCUCCACGUCACCCAGAAGUAAAAACCUUACUGCCACGUCACCAAAACUUUCUCCUCUCUUCCUCAUUACAGACCCUUCUAUCCGCUUGCGCUCAAAUUUUCCUGCGUGCCAAACGCAAACAUUUCCCCGCUGACUUUCUAACCUUUACAUUUACAUGGAAGUUAAAUUGCAGCAUAGUAGCUUCUUAAAUUCAAGUUCUUCAAAUCCAUGCCUUUCACGAAAUUCAAUUGUUUCUAGUAUUUCCUGCAAAAGAGUAGCUCACUUGGAUUAUCUUCUGAUCAAUUGGGGCAAUUCAAGGAAAAGAUACCCCAUGAAGCAUACGUUGUGGAGGAAUGGAAAUCAUAGUCUUGAUUAUCAAUCAAUUGGAUAUAAGAAACUUAAUCUGACACAUAUGAAGACAAGAAGGACGGGGCACCUUUUUCCCCUAGCAUCCGGUGAUGAUGGUGUUACUGUCAAUGGGACUCCUUCUGCAAGUGCCAACAGUGAUGUGGAGGAUAUGAGAGUUCAACUCAACCAGUCGCUACAAGGUGAAGAUUCUGGUGAUAAACUUGUUCAAUCUUUACACGAUGCAGCAAGGGUUUUUGAGGUGGCAAUUAAAGAACAGGGUUUGCUAUCAAAGUUUUCUUGGCUUUCCACGGCCUGGCUUGGUAUAGAUAGGAACGCAUGGGUGAAAACGCUAUGCUAUCAGGCUUCUGUUUGCUCCUUACUACAAGCAGCACAUGAGAUUUCAUCCCGAGGUGAUAGUAGAGACAGAGAUGUAAAUAUUUUUGUUCAAAGGAGUUUAUUACGGCAAUCUGCUCCCCUGGAGAGCUUGAUCAGAGAUAAACUAUCUGCCAAACAACCAGAAGCUUAUGAAUGGUUUUGGUCUAAGCAAGUUCCGAUAGUGGUGACUUCUUUUCUUAAUUAUCUUGAAGAGGACCCACGCUUUACUGCUGCCACUGCUGUGUUUGGAAAAGGCAUGUCCUCGAGUCCAGGCAAUGGAAGUGAUGUUUCACUUCUUUUACUGGCACUGACUUGUAAUGCUGCAAUCAUGAAACUUGGCCCCACAAAAGUUUCUUGCCCACAAUUCUUUUCCAUGAUCUCAGAUAUAACUGGUAGAUUGAUGGACAUGCUGGUUGAUUUCAUUCCUGUACGCCAAGCUUAUCAUUCUAUAAAGCAUAUUGGUCUACGCAGAGAAUUUCUUGUCCAUUUUGGUCCUCGAGCCGUGGCAUGCAGAGUACAAAAUGAUUGUGGUUCAGAAGAGGUGAUUUUCUGGAUUAAUCUUGUACAGAAGCAGCUCCAACGAGCUAUAGAUAGGGAGAGAAUGUGGUCAAGACUAACAACAUCUGAAAGUAUUGAGGUUUUAGAGAAGGAUUUGGCUGUAUUUGGAUUCUUUAUUGCCUUAGGAAGAAGUACACAAUCUUUUUUAUCAGCAAAUGGAUUUGAUAUUCUAGAUGAUCCUAUUGAAGGCUUCAUCAGGUACCUUGUCGGGGGUAGUGUUUUGUACUAUCCUCAACUUUCAUCCAUAAGCUCAUAUCAGUUGUAUGUAGAGGUUGUCUGCGAGGAGCUGGAUUGGCUUCCUUUUUAUCCAGGCAACAUUGGCACCCCAAAUCUGUCUCAUGGACACAAAAAUAAACAGAAGGAUCCUCCAAAUGCUGAAGCUAUCCCUCAAGUAUUAUACGUCUGCUCCCAUUGGAUCCAAAGCUUUAUUAAAUACAGUAAAUGGCUAGAGAAUCCAUCCAAUGUUAAGGCAGCAAGGUUUCUUUCCAGGGGGCACAACAAAUUAAUCGAGUGCAUGGAAGAACUGGGAAUGUCUCGGAGAAUGACAGAAAGCAAUAUCAAUUAUUCUGUUGAGAUAACAGGACCUGCAAUUAAUUUGACCACUGGCAAAGAGACAGAUUCGUUCAAUAAGGCAUUGGAGAGUGUUGAAGGAGCUCUUGUGAGACUGGAAAAAUUACUUAAAGAGUUGCAUGUAUCAAGCUCUAAUUCUGGGAAAGAGCAUUUAAAAGCUGCUUGUUCUGAUCUUGAGAAAAUAAGGAAACUGAAGAAAGAAGCUGAAUUUCUGGAGGCAUCUUUCAGAGCAAAAGCGGCUUCGCUUCAGCAGGGAGAAGAUGAAAGUAGUCUACAAACUUCUAUUAGUGAGCAGCAACAGUACUUCAAAGGGAAAGGGAGGAAGAAUGCUAAUGUGAGGUUAGAUAGAAGUAAAAGUAAAUUUCAAGGAGCGUGGAACCUCCUUGCGCGCUCUCCAACCAAGAAACCUGGCCCUGAUGCUGCAGUUGUAGAUGCAUCUGGAGAUGCAAAUUUUGGGCAAACUACAAGUACGGGUAUUGGAGAGUCCGAGUCCAAUGAAAUUCAUCGUUUUGAACUUCUAAGGAAUGAGCUCAUGGAACUCGAAAAACGGGUCCGGAGAAGCACUGAUCAAUAUGAAAAUGAAGAGGAUAUUAAGGUUACAGAUGGUGAUGAGGCUGCAAGUUCUCAAUUAAUCCAGGUUGAAAUGAGUGAAAAUGUCAUUGAAAAAUCAAUUGUAAAGCUAAAGGAAACAAGCACGGAUGUCUUGCAAGGAACUCAGCUUCUAGGUAUUGAUGUUGCUGCUGCAAUGGGGUUUCUUAAAAGGGUCUUGAUUGGAGAUGAGUUAACAGAGAAAGAAAAAAAAGUUCUCUUGAGAACCCUGACGGAUUUGGCAUCAGUGGUUCCUAUCGGUGUUCUUAUGCUUCUUCCAGUCACUGCUGUGGGGCAUGCAGCAAUGUUGGCUGCUAUCCAGAGAUAUGUGCCAGCUUUGAUACCAUCCACAUAUGGAGCAGAAAGGUUGGAUCUCCUGAGACAGCUUGAGAAAGUGAAGGAAAUGGAAACCAGUGAACUGGAUGCCAAAGAAAAUGGAGAGAUACUAUCCUGAUCACAAGCAGCCCAGAUUAUGUACAGCCCGGGCAGUGAAAAAAACCUUCAAGAUGAGGUAGACACCAAUGACUGCAGUCCUGUGGAGUGUCAACCGGAGUGCCUGGCUCACGAUGACGAGAAGGGUGACCAUCAUAGCUGAACUGUGUCAAAUGCGUAAUGUUUAAGAACUAAACCUUCCUGUCUCCAUAAUCCAUCUCUUUGAUUACAGUAGAAAUGAUUUGGUUAUGCACUGGCUCUGGUUCCAGCAUUGUGUAGUUUGUCAAUGGUUGUCUGUCCAUAUCACAUCGACCUCCCUCAUCCCACUUACCAUUCCUGCAAUUUUUCAUAUCAAAAAAUUGUAACGACAUAUUACCCGAUGUGUACAGUUCCCAGCUGGAAGUGCGCCAAGAAUAUUUACCUGUAAUGUACUGGAGAGUAGCCAAAAAACACGAGUCCUUUCGGGGUUUAAAUUUUCAAUCCAUAACUUCGGUGUUUGUAGA